UGGGAAUUAUCAAAAUGUAAAAUUAUGCGUUGAUGAAGCAGUUGAAAUAACAUUAGCGACUGAUGGACAAUCUGCAUUUGGAAUUCUCAAAGGGAUAAUAGAAUAUACAUGGAAUGACAAUCAAGUUUAUGUUUUUAUUUAUUUAGACAGGUUGGAGGAUCUUAAAAAAUGUGAUAAUUUAUUAGGCUGUCCUAUUUAUCGUCUUCAACACAUAUACAAUAAUUCCUGGGAUCGAAUUCAUUCAAUUUCUAUUGUAUCCAAGUCACCAAAUAUUCCAUUUAUCCAUUAUUGUAAGGCGGGAUGCUCUUCACAACAACAUGACACUACAAAUCGUGAAUAUAUACGAAAUGAUUUCUUCUUCACGACAAUCUAA